UUAACACUUCACACCUCCAGAUGUUGGAGAUAAGAGACUGAACGCUUCGGCAUGGCGGCUCGACUGCUGCUCCUCUGCUGUGUUUGCACUCUGAGAACCUCUCUCUCGUCUGCGGUGUCUCAGUCCCCUGAGUCCAUCAGUGCAUCCGUCAGUGGGUCUUUUACGUUAAAAUGCUCUCGUGACCUGACGAUUAGAUAUUGCUACAACACGGUAUCCUGGUAUAAAGUGAAUCCGAUAACUGGGAAACUGGGUGAAGUCAGAAAAACUGAGGAGGACAAGCUAGAAGAUGAUGAUAAAUCAUGUACCAGGACAAUCGUUAAUGCCCGAGUUCAAGACUCGGGCAUUUACUACUGCGCAGUUUUACGUGAUAAAAUUAUUUAUAUUGGAACUGGCACCAGAGUCGUCAUUACAGAUAAUGGUCCGUUAAAGCCGUCUAUUGCUCUGUACACCCCGACGGACGUGGACUCUCCCUCUGUCCUCCUGCAGUGUGUGGUGAUGGACGCCGUUCCCUCUCAGAUCAGGGUUUUGUGGUUAAUCGACGGAGACGAGCGCACAGGAUGGACAGAAUCAGGCUGGACAGGACGCCACGAUUCAGCCUCGGAAUACACUCGAGCUCAAAUCACCAUUCCUGCGGAGGAAUGGAGGGAAGAGGCUCACGUCGUCGAGUGUGUCGUCAAGUACGGAAACAUGAGCGUGUCCCGGACUCUGCGGCGACAAACAGGUCAUUCAGACUCUACGUGUACGUGGCUGCAGUAUGGAGUCUGCGUCGUCGUCGUGGUCUUCGUCAUCGUCGUGGCGAUCACCAUGGUUCUGCAUUCCCGUAAAGAGAAACAACACACACACGGGACGAUUACAGAGAAACCUUCUACCAUAACGGAAGUGGACUAUUCCUGUUGGAACCCUGACAACGUUAAUCAGAUGCUAAUAGAUUAGCAAUAGUUAACCAAAACAAUAAAGCAACAAGUCUAUAACCUUAAUAUUAAACGCUUUUACUGUUUUUUUUCUUGGUAAAUAUAAUCUGACGAGGGCAGCAAAGUAACACUUAAAUAAUAAUCUGUAAUAUUUUUGUUUAAUAUUAAGUGUGUAAAUGAAUGAUUCUCUCAGUCAUGUACAUCAUAUGCCUAUAUUCCUUCAUGUGUAUUUGAAAAAAAAAUUGAAUAGAAAGAAUCUAAUUCUAGUCAAAUGAGGGUGAAAAAAUAACAAACAUUAUUAAGCUCAUAAUAAAAAGUCAGAUCAGUGGAAAAUCA